AUGCCGUCUGAUUCACACCUUAUGGAUGAGAGUACUCCACCUGGGAGUUUCCUGAACCCUCCCCUCACGCCGCCGCCCACGGAAGAGAAAGAAUUGUCGAGAAGUGCUCAAGCCGUUCUGGACUGUUUAGAACUCCAUCGUGCAGGUCAAAGGCCACCACAGCCUUGGUGGCAGCACCGGCUGAUUCCGGACAGUUAUAGAGAGGUUUUGCGUCUGCUAGAUGGUGACGAAUCUCUUCGAGGUUACGUGGAAGACAAAGUAAGGCUUGACUACGACCCUUACCGGUCCCUUGUGACUAUCCGAAUGCCGGCUCCUCUCCAUGAUAUAUUUUGUGCCAGGGUAGUCUCUGAAAUUUUAGCCCAAUUGGGGAAGUUUCAACAGAGCGAUAAACCCUUCGCUGAUUUUGCGAGGAAGGUAGAUCAUAAAUCCACUACCCGAAUUUGGCUGCCGAACAAUACAAAAAAUGGAGAGCGGACUCGUUCUGAACGCAGCCCAGAUGCAUCAUUUAAGCACGAGCAGGCAAAAUACCCCGGUGUUAUUAUAGAAGUGUGCUAUACGCAAAAAGUUCGAGCUGCGGCGGACUUAGCGGAUGAUUACAUCUUGGACACCAAUGGGAACGUGAAAGCGGUGAUUGCCCUCAACAUUGAGUAUAGAGGGUCUAAAAAAGCGACUAUAUCCAUCUGGCGACCAGAGGAUAUAACUGUGGAUGGCGUGGAGGAACUUCAGGCGAUCGCUAAGGUCGAAGCGCUGCCUUUUCGAACAGAAUCUGGACUUCCAGCCGAAGAACCAGCUGAGGGACCAGCAUUCAGGCUGUCGCUUAGGGACUUUGCUCCCACGAGCAUCUCACAGGAGUACACUGACCUCGAUCAAUAUAUCUCUAUCUCCUCGAGGCAGCUCUAUGACUUUCUUUCAUACGCCGAAGCAGAACACCAACAAGAAUUGCUAGACGAAGGCAUCGUUGAUCCAUUUCCCCCCGGCAAGAGAAAGCGCCGUCGACUUCGAACUCCUCCUGAACACCUAAGUUCGGAAGAAGAACUCCCCGAGACGAUGAAAGCAAUCAAACGGGGGCGUCUAACGCGAGAUUCGUCCGGGCAAAGAGUCCGGGGACCUGAAAGCUGA